GCCAUGCCGUCCGUGCUCAGCGCCCUCUGGCUGCUGCUGGCCGCCGCCUUCCUCGCCGCGCUGUUGCUGGAGCUGCUGCAGGUCCGGCGUGGGGGGCCCCGACCCGGCCUCGUCCAGGAUCUGCUCCGCUACGGGAAGACCAAGAGCGGCUGCGGGCAGCGCCCAGCCUGGCUGCGGCUUCUGGAUUUGCCCAAGAGGUGGUUUUCUCACUUCUAUAUUCUUUCUGUGGUCUGGAAUGGUUUCCUGCUCCUAUUGCUUAUUCAAGCUUUGUUCCUAGCAAGACCUUUCCCGAUAUGGCUUCAGGAUUUGCUCAGUGCUCUUGGUGGAGCUUCGCAAAACCAGGAUGGUGACAAACACCUGUCAGUCCUCUUGGUUCUCAUGCUCCUGUGGCUCCACAGCUUUCGAAGGCUCAUAGAGUGCCUCUGCAUCAGUGUCUUCUCCAGUGGUGUCAUUCACGUCGUACAGUACUGCUUUGCACUUGGGUACUAUAUUGUUAUUGGCUUAACGGUGCUGUGUCAAGUGCCAGCUAAUGUCAGCAAUGGAAAAGACCUCUUCAUGCAGAUCUCCUGGUACCACAUCCUAGGAAUUAUGAUGUACAUUUGGGCCUCUGUUCACCAACAUAGAUGCCAUGUGAUUCUAGCUAAUCUUAGAAAAAGUAAAUCAGGAAAGGUAGUAAACUUGAGCCACAGCAUUCCUUUUGGAGACUGGUUUGAGAGAGUAUCUUGCCCACAUUAUUUUGCUGAACUCCUAAUAUAUGUAUCCAUGGCCAUCACAUUUGGAUUUCAAAACUUAACAUGGUGGCUUGUAGUGAUGUUUGUGUUGUUUAACCAGGCAUUGGCUGCAGUUCUGUGCCAGGAGUUCUAUGUGAACAAAUUCAGCUGCUACCCAACACAUCGAAAAGCAUUUAUACCAUUUCUUUUUUAGAACCUUUAUUUUUGUUAAAUAUAUCUUUAAUGUAACCUGUGAAAUGCUGUUUAAAAGGUAAUGGCAGA